CAGUGUCUGCCGAUAAGGUAUGCAUGACAUCAUAGACACGGCCGACGCCGAAGGAUAUAGAUCCAGGUGUUUUGGUAAGGAUAAAUAUGUGUACAAGGAUUGUGUCACAUCGGAUAGUAUCCACUCGUCUACGACUGGUACUCUGAACUUCUUCUACUUUCAUCUUGCUCUACCAUUCAAUAGAUUCUAUACCAAUGGCCGGUGACCACCAAUGUCCUGUCUGCCAGGCCACUUUCACUCGUCCACAGCAUGUCGCUCGUCACAUGCGAUCACACACAGGUGAUCGCCCCUACAAGUGUCAGUAUUGUGGAGACCAGUUUGCGCGGAGCGAUCUUUUAUCGCGACACGUUAACAAAUGUCAUGCAAACGAAAAACCGCCACAAACCGCCACCAAUGGUCGUCGCAAAGGCUCCACUUCAACCUCUCGAGCGACUACUUCGAAACAAGCAUGUGACCAAUGUGUUCAAUCAAGCUUACCGUGCGACGGUUGCAACCCUUGUUGUACCGUACCCAGUAUGGAUACUUCUUCGGGUGAUCCGCUUUACACAACCCCGUUUUCCUUCAAUCAUGUGUAUGCUUCGUCAGCAAACCCUGUACAUCUUCCCAUGUCGCUCUCUUCCGACUCUGACAUCACUGGAAGAAAUCGGGCUCAAGUCGAGCUUUUGCGUCAUGCCGGAGCUCCCAUGCUUGCAAAUCCUCAAGGUUCAUCGGCACUUUUGCCUGACCUUUACACGGACCAUAAUCAACCUUCCAACCAUUGGCUGGGAUGGGGCGAGAGCACAAAUCCGGGGUUGACCGUUGCGCAGACUAGUCAACCCCAAUUCGCAUCUUUGGAUGAAGCUUUCUCACAAAAUCAAUAUGCCUAUCGGCCUCGCCGAAGCUCCGUUGACUACAGUGAUGGUAGUAGUGCUUCUCAAUCCAUCCCUUCUAGCGCUACUUCGUCCAAUGCCCAUCUCCCUCUCUCGACAGGGGAUAUGUUUCAGGACGCCUCAGAGGACUUUCACCAGCGAAUGCUGCUUGACCCUCAACGCCGAAGAGAUUCGAUGACCUCUACCUCUGCGCCUGAAUCCCAUGACCAGCAAUCCGAUCAACAUUCUCGAGUCGGUGAAGGCGGGUUCUCCUCCGCAUUUGGACUCAUGUCUAUUGACGACCCAAAUGUCCUUGCUGGGCUCUCAACAGAUGGUGUACCUUUCUUCUCAAACGCUGCAAUGAAUAUGCGACCUCAUUCGCCGAAUGCUACUCCGAUGCCUCCCAAGGCGCUAUCACAGCAGCAGCUCAGAGAUCGUGGCAUGUCGCUCUCUGCGUUGCCCACACCUGGUUUGGGUCGUGAGAGCGACAUUUUGUGGAGGGCAUUCAUACGCACGCCUAUGAGUGGACCUCAUCCCGCCGGCUCAGAAGUCCCCGGCGCUAUGCCACAAUCACCCUCUUCACGCCGAAGAGUUCGUGUGUCCUCUCUUCCAAGUUCCAAGACGCCCACUAUAGAACGAGCCCUUCCUGGUAUUGCGAACGGUAACGGAGAGGGAGUACGUAUGACGCUCCAUGGCAACCCUGAAGAUCUUCGGAGCUAUGAAGCUGCUGUCAAUGCUCGCAAUGCAUCGCUCAACCUCAAUCUCCCCAAACGGCGAUAUACCACACAUUCGCAGUCGAAUGUCGAUUUUGAUUUGAACGUCAGCCGUCCUUCGAGCUCUUCGUCGGCGUCGUCGCUUUCGCACGCAUUCAUGUCACCUCAUCUGCCUCCCAUGAAGGGAGCUGCGCCGCCUAUGAACGGGGUGUCCAUUUCGUUGCCUGUACCUCGCGUGAGCAGCAUGGGAAGUUCAAGCACUCAAAGCGGGUCAAGAGAUGGGUCAAGGGAGUCAUCUGUCACCUCUGACUGCACGGGAAGCUCGGAGGGUGAAAUAUUCCGGCCUGCUUUCAAGCGUCUCCCUUCACAGACCCUGGGUCCGGUCAAUGCCAAACGUGCUCAAUUCGAAAAGAACGGAGUUGCUGAGAAGGGAUCUAUCAUUGUGAACGGUUCGCGUCACAUCGCUGCGCUUCCUGGACGCGCUUGCCAAACGAGCGAUAAACAUUCGUCUCGCAAUGGUUUAAACGCGCCACGACAUUAAAGCAUCCAUCCUCCUUCAUUUCCGUCGUAUUCGUUCUUCUGUGUAGUGAAAAAUACCGUACGUUCUUCCACCAAUACCUAAGGCUAUUCAUUGGACAUAGUUAUUUCUUCUUCGGGUGCUGUCGCUUACUUUUCUUUGGCUUCUGUGUUGCGAUUUGGAUACCUUAUUCUCAUGUAUACUACGGUGUACGGCACCUAUACACACACGCGAGUAGUACUGGUUAUAGCAUACGCUGCCACUGGCAUAGUAUGUCACAAAAUAAAGCUUGUCCUUUGUAAUUGAACGAAUCGAAUUCGAUAUAUGUCUUGCCAGCGCACAUUUCGUCGCGCUGGAGCUUGGAGAUCUUUCCUUAUCGAAUUCUUUCGAAUGAAGGCCGCGGCUUAGGAGACAAUCGCGAGGACUAGAGUUUCAGUUGAACAUGGUUGA